AUAAAUUAUCCAACAAAAUCGGAAUACCAACGCAAAUUACCUGCACAAUUCUCUUCUCUCACCACUCAACCAUGGCGCUCUCUCUCUCUUCCUCCGCCAUUUCCUCUCUCAACUCCGACCGUACCACUCCUUUAGCUGCCGUUUCAUCAUCUUCUUCUUCUUCGACUCUCUCUUUUUCGUCUUCUCUCCAUUUUCCCGUCCAGCUCCGGCGCGUUCGGAUUGGACCCAAGGGGGCUUCCGCUCCCUCCAGGGCUCGAGUUCUUCCUCUGGUUAGAGCAAAGAAACAAACAUUUUCCUCAUUCGAUGAUUUGCUAGUUAACUCAGACAAACCUGUGCUGGUAGACUUCUAUGCAACCUGGUGUGGCCCUUGUCAAUUUAUGGUUCCCGUCCUCAAUGAAGUCAGUGCUGAGCUGAAUGAUAAAAUCCAAGUGGUUAAAAUUGACACUGAGAAGUACCCAAGCAUCGCUAACAAAUACAAAAUUGAGGCGUUGCCUACAUUCAUCAUAUUCAAAGAUGGAGAGCCCUUUGAUCGCUUUGAGGGUGCUAUGCCUGCUAAUCAGCUAAUCCAACGAAUCGAAAAUACUUUGAAGCUUAAACAAUAACUGAAUUUUGAGGUAGUCUGAUGGGAACACUGGUUUGAUCAGUGAAGAGUGCACAGAAACUCUCUCUCUCUUUUUUUCUUUUUCCCUUUUUGUUAUUUGAACAAAUUUUCUAUCCUUUACAAACUGAUUGGCAUCACACACCAAAUAUAUAGUAGAACAGUGCAAGGCAAACGUAAGAACCUUCCUUUUCAUGAUAUUUGAUGGCAGUUCAUUCUUAGAAUUUGCAUUUAGGUUGUGUUUAGAGAGGCAUUUUUUUUCCACUGUUGAAUGAAUAUUGUUUUUCGAUGAUCAUA